GGUGAUGAGCAGAGUACAGAGGACAUUCCUACAGAUAACCGCCCAGAUGACUGUACCAGGAACUCAGAGAAACAUCUGGUAUCUUCAGAUUUUGAAGAUGAUUGUGGUAUCACACAAGAUACAUUUGAAGAGCAUGCCAAUAUGCAAGAUAUACCCUCAUCCAAUCACAGCCAAAAUGCAUCAUUUGAUUCUUUUAAACAGGUCCGAUCUUCUGAUUUAUCACAGACUGUAACACAGAAUAAAAGUCACAGAAGAGGUGCUAAACAUCAAACAGCUCACGUAAAAGAGAAGCCAUUUUCAUGUUCAGAAUGUGGAAAAUGUUUUAGAUUUAAAUCUGGUAUUGUUAGACAUGAGCGAAUUCACACACGGGAGAAGCCAUUUUCAUGUUCAGAAUGUGGGAAAUGUUUUCACCAAAAAUCACAUCUUGUUGCACAUCAGAGAAAUCACACAGGGGAGAAGCAGUUUUCAUGUUCAGAAUGUGGGAAAUGUUUUUACCAAAAAUCACAUCUUGUUACACAUCAGAGAAAUCACACAGGGGAGAAGCCGUUUUCAUGUUCAGAAUGUGGGAAAUGUUUUAAGCAGAAAUGGGCUCUUGUUGUACAUCAGAGAAAUCAUACAGGGGAGAAGCCAUUUUCAUGUUCAGAAUGUGGAAAAUGUUUUAGUCAGAAAUCAGCUCUUGUUGAACAUCAGAGAAAUCACACAGGAGAGAAGCCAUUUUCAUGUUCAGAAUGUGGGAAAGGUUUUCACAAUAAAUCAGGUCUUGUUAUACAUCAGAGAAAUCACGCAGGGGCAAAGCCAUUUUCAUGUUCAGAAUGUGGAAAAUGUUUUCACCAACAAUCACAUCUUGUUAUACAUCAGAGAAGUCACACAGGAGAGAAGCCAUUUUCAUGUGCAGAAUGUGGAAAAUGUUUUCACCAAAAAUCACAUCUUGUUAUGCAUCAGAGAAUUCACACUGGGGAGAAGCCAUUUUUAUGUUCAGAAUGUGGGGAAUGUUUUAAGCAGAAAUGGGCUCUUGUUGUACAUCAGAGAAAUCACACAGGAGAGAAGCCAUUUUCAUGUUCAGAAUGUGGGAAAUGUUUUACCAAUAAAUCAGAUCUUGUUAUACAUCAGAGAAAUCACACAGGGGAGAAGCCAUUUUCGUGUUCAGAAUGUGGGAAAUGUUUUCACCAACAAUCACAUCUGGUUAUACAUCAGAGACAUCACACAGGUGAGAAGCCAUUUUCAUGUUCAGAAUGUGGGAAAUGUUAUUACCAAAAAUCACAUCUUGUUAUACAUCAGAGAAUUCACACAGGGGAGAAGCCAUUUUCAUGUUCAGAAUGUGGGGAAUGUUUUAAGCAGAAAUGGGCUCUUGUUGUACAUCAGAGAAAUCACACAGGAGAGAAGCCAUUUUCAUGUUCAGAAUGUGGAAAAUGUUUUAAGAUGAAAUCAGGACUUGUCAUACAUCAGAGAAAUCACACAGGAGAGAAGCCAUUUUCAUGUUCAGAAUGUGAGAAAUGUUUUACCAAUAAAUCACAUCUUGUCAUACAUCAGAGAGUUCACACAGGGGAGAAGCCAUUUUCAUGUUCAGAAUGUGGGGAAUGUUUUAAGCAGAAAUGGGCUUUUGUUAUACAUCAGAGAAUUCACACAGGAGAGAAGCCAUUUUCAUGUUCAGAUUGUGGGAAAUGUUUUAAGAUGAAAUCAGAACUUGUUAUACAUGAGAGAAUUCACACAGGGGAGAAGCCAUUUUCAUGUUCAGAAUGUGGGAAAUGUUUUAACCGUAAAUCAACUCUUGUUACACAUCAGAAAAUUCACACAGGGGAGAAGCCAUUUUCAUGUUCAGAAUGUGAUAUGUGUUUCAACCAUAAAUCAUACCUUGUUAAACAUAAAAAAAAACAUAUAUAAGAGAAUCCAUCUUCAUGCUUAGCCCAUUAGUGAUCUCCCUUAUGUGGUUUUAUGGUGGUCACUAACUGGCUUCAUUUCUUCAGAUACUCCAUUUUACAGGGAGAUAAAACAGCACCUUGCUUUCAGUUACCAGAUGUAGCUGAGGGCUUGGAGUGAUGAUUGUGACCGCUGUGAGAGCUCCCCAAAUAAACAUAGUCCCCUGUAUUGAAUAAA